AUGCCCCACUCCAGCCUACAUCCGUCCAUCCCACGGCACAGGGGUCACGGGAUCCAGAAGGCAGCCUUGGUUCUGCUGAGUGCCUGCCUAGUGCUCCUUUGGUGGCUAGGGGAGUCACCAAAACACACUCUCCACUGGCUGGCCUUCCACUUAGCCUCCGUGCAGCUGGGACUAUUAUUCAAGGGCCUCUGCAGUCUGGCUGAGGAGCUGUGUCAUAUCCACUCCAGGUACCAGAGCAGCUUCUGGAGGGCUGUGCAGGCCAGCUUUGGCUUCCCCAUCCGCUGUAUAAGCAUGCUGCUGCUCUCCUGCUAUUUCUACUUCCUCCCAGACAUGGCUACACUGCCCCUCUCUUGGACACUUGCCCUUCUGGGCCUCUCACAGGCACUGAACAUCCUCCUGAGCCUCCAGGGCCAGACCCCAGCUGAGGUGUCUGCAAUCUGUGAAAAAAGGAACUUUAAUGUGGCCCAUGGACUGGCCUGGUCGUUUUACGUUGGAUACCUUCGGCUGAUCCUGCCAGGACUCCAGGCCCGAAUCCAAAUAUAUAAUGAAUGUCACAAAAACAUGCUACGGGGGCCCGGGAGACAACGGUUGUACAUCCUCUUCCCAUUGGACUGUGGGGUGCCUGAUGACCUGAGCGUGGCUGACCCCAACAUUCGCUUCCUCCACGAGCUGCCCCCUCAGAGCGCUGACCGAGCUGGUAUUAAACGCCGGGUCUACACCAACAGUGUCUAUGAGCUCCUGGAGCAGGGACAGCAGGCAGGCGUCUGUGUCCUGGAGUAUGCCACCCCUCUGCAGACCUUGUUUGCCAUGUCACAAGAUGGCCGAGCUGGCUUCAGUAGGGAGGAUCGACUUGAGCAAGCUAAACUCUUCUGCCGGACCCUUGAAGACAUCCUGGCAGAUGCACCUGAGUGUCAGAAUAAAUGUCGCCUCAUUGUCUACCAGGAGUCUGCAGAGGAAAGCACCUUCUCGCUGUCUCAAGAGAUCCUCAGGCACCUGCGGCAGGAGGAAAGGGAGGAGGUUACUGUGGGCAGCGUAGAGAACUCCGCGAUGCCCAGUUACUCCUCACCGAGAACCUCCUCGCUGUCCCGGGAGCCCACGUUCCUCAUCAGUGGCAUGGAACAACCGCUCCCUCUCCGCACAGAUUUCUGCUGA